AUGUGGGCCAUCUUCGGGGUCCUCUCCGGCACCGUCUACCUGCUCACUAUCGUCCUCUCCAUACCUAUAGCCUUCGAUGUUGGGGGUCGCGACUCUGGUCUGGCCUACAGCCUUUCGAUAUUUCUCUUCUACUUCCUCUACAGUUUUAUCAAGGCCAUAACACCCCAGAAGUCCACCGUGCGCUGGACCCUGACCAACAUCUUGCGCAUCGCCCAGUGGAUUGUCCUGCCUUCGCUGUUGAUCUGGUCUCUCAAUCGCUUCUCUGUCGAUACGGGCUCCUCCGACUGGGUCUCAAGGACUCUUGGCCAUAUCCGCCCCGUCAUGAAACAUACAGAUAGCUGGCAUGAGUGGUUCUUUGGCCAGGGCGGCCUGCUGGAACACCUCACUCUGGGUGCUUGGGACAAGGGCUUGCGCUACUCCAGUCCUGUCUUCCAGCUUCUCGAAGGGUUCUGCAGCUUGCUGGUCAUCCAGGCCGCUGGGCAGAUCACAAGAUGGCUGGUCAACAGGGGUCGAAGUGAUACGUGGGUAAUCAUCCUCGUCGUAUUCUCCGGCUCCAUCAUGGCAAGCGCACUCUAUUUUCUCUGGCGUGUCGCCCGGUUCCCGCAGAUCAGCAACCUUGAUGCCACCCUGAUCGGCGUCACGAUGACAUCCGCCGUCUUUCUCUGCGCCUUCGGCAUCGGCAGCGGACGGGGCAACCCGGUCGAGUCCUCGCUCCUGUUCGCAUACGUGGUCCUCUGCGUCUACCAGAUCUUCACCGACUACCUGCCCUCAGCCGAGGCUGCUGCGGCUGCCCAGGCCGCAGCGGAGGAGCAGGCCGCCGCAUCACAACCCGAAUUUCCACCGCUGCCCCCCAUUAUAAUGGCAUCGUACGCGACCUUCCUCCACAUGCUGAGCCAGCUGCCAGGCGCCUUUAGCGACUCCUUCACCUUUCUGUGGGCUGCCUUUCAAACCAUCACCCCAAGCGUCAUCAUCUCUCUGGUCUACCGUAUUAUCGUCUUCUACUGCGCGACCCGCAUCAUUCCUGCGGUCCGCGAAUCUGGUGCGAGUGCCCUUAUGGACGAGCCCUCCAACUUUGACGACUCCUCCGACGCAGCCAACAAGCUGUUCACGUUUGUGUCUUGGUUCUCGCCGUCCAUCCUGAUUGCGGUCUAUACGAGUUUGCUGCUGCAGCACUUUUCGGUGUCUGCGGACGGUGGUAUCGACAGCGACGGCAUCGGAUGGACUCUUAGAGGGGGCGACGCCGGCGGCAAUGCGUGGCGCUGGACCAAUGUCGCAGCGACUAUGGCCCUCUACGCCGUGGAGUUGUAUCUUGGCAAGGACGAGGUCGACCACUGGAAGACUGACUGAGAGGCUGGGUUUUACGGUCGAGGCCGAGCCCAAGGACGAAGCAUAUCACUUCUGAGGAACAGAACGAUCGACGGACUCCGAGUCAUCGACACAGCAACCCCAGAUGAGUUGGCUGAUGAGUCAACGAAUGACAGGCCGUUAUGCAAAGUCAUACCACACGACACGGCCUGAACAUGGAUCUCUGGCCCCCAGGCCAUCUCCAUGCAGGCCGCUUUUAUGAAUGGUCUCUCAAGGAUUCUGGAGAGGGUCCCCUUCUCAAUCUUCCAGUUUUGAAGAGACGAGCCGGCGUACUGCACCGCUCGUUCAUAGGAUUACUUUGGUUGUCACAGAACAGGACAGCGCGGAACAAUGAGCGCUGGUGCAGCAUGCCGCCAAAAUUUCACCAAGCCCACGCAUAUAUGCCAUACAGGGCAACGAAACGAGACGGGAGGCGGAAGUGAGAGUUGAUAUUGAUCCAUGUUAUGCAAGCCACCCGACCUCGGGCCCAACUCAUAUAGCGUUUGGCGUUCACGGG